AUGGACACAGAGGACACCAACUCACCGCCGGACAAUUUCGCUUCAGAUAUGGAUGUGGACAUAGACGAAGCAGACCCUUUGCCUGCAGGCUUUGUCCGCCGAAACCCCAACCCUAUCAAUUUAGAGGACGACAGCGGCAACGACAGCGAUGACACACUCCUUGGUGACGAGAUUGUUGAACGAGUCGUACCGCCAGUAUCCGAGGCUCGUCGAAAUCGACGUCAAGCCAGAAUUCAGGCUGCGAGAUUCCGGGAGUUACAGACGUAUACGCAGAACGGCCGUACUUUCGAGGUCGGCAGAACGAUUCAGGGACAAGACGGCAACUUCCGCCGCGUUACUUCGAUCAAACAAAAUCGCAGGUCCGGUGCGAUUACGAUCGAGAGCUUCCAGGACAAUCAUAGAGUACUACAGACACUUAGCUACAACGGACAGACCUUGAAGCCCGGCAAGACCGUUGAGAUGGCGGAUGGAGCUUUUCUCAGGAUCAGAGCCCUGUUAGAAGAUUGCAGAACAGGUGAGGUCCUCUUAAAAGGCUUUCGGUUCCAAAGGAAUAAGUCUUUGGAGGGGGUCCUUGAGUUUAGGAAGAACGAAGUCACCAUGAUGGCAAAUUAUGAUCCAAACGAUUCCCGAGACAUUGCUGAACAGAGUAUCGAAACCAUCAACCUAGCUGCCGUGGUCAAAAUUCGCGAACUCAUCAAAACCAAUCAGCAGUUCCCCGCUCUAAGCUUUCGUGAAACUGAUCCGGAGAGCCUCAGCUUGAGCAAAGAGUACAUGAAUGACCACUGUCGACUAGUCUGUCGGUGGAACUAUGUGAAGAUCAACAAGAAUGAGGGAUUCUUGAGAAGGAUGACCGACGUUGAGUCAGAUGAAGGAUGCGCUAUUUCGCAGUGUCAGUUGAGAGACGAUUAUCGAGGGCUUACAACCAAGGGAGGAGAUUGCGCAAGAUGGCUUGACACAGAAGAAGCUUUUGAUGGUACGGAGCGGAUGAGAUGUUUCUUCAUCGAUCCCUUGGGAUUUCACACUCCAAAUCGUUCGACUGACAUACCCGAGAAUCGAGAACGACGACGACGAUACACUUUCGGAGAUGGAUUCUGUGGUGGUGGCGGAGCUUCACGAGGAGCCUAUGGUGCAGGGCUCCGCGUUGAAUGGGGCUUCGAUCACGACCCUCAUGCCAUCGCUGCCUACCAUGCAAACUUUCCUCAUGCUCGCUGUGACGGCAUCGCAGCAAACGACUUUGCCACCGCCAUCAACGAAGAGUACAAGGUCGAUAUCCUCCAUCUAUCCCCCCCAUGCCAGACGUUCUCACCUGCACACACUCGGCCGGGACCGAAUGAUGAAGGGAAUGAGGCAACGUUCCUGGCCACCGAGGAGUUGCUCAAGAAGACACGGCCACGAAUCGUGACAUUAGAAGAGACCUUUGGCCUAACUCGCACUCUGGUCAACGUUGAAUGGUUCAACACCAUGAUUCAAAUGUUCAGCAAGCUUGGCUUCAGCGUCCGGUGGAAAGUCUUCAAUCUUCUGGACUUUGGCUUACCACAGCCUAGGAGGAGGCUAAUCCUCUUCGCAUCCUGCCCCGGCGAAACGCUCCCAGACUUCCCUGAGCCUACACACUGCAGAGCAGAAGACUGCGAUCGCUUCCCCCAUCGCUCCAAGUUCACAACGGUGUACGACGCGAUCGGUCGCAUCCCCCACGACUUCGCAAACCAUCGCCCUCAUCUAAUGACCAAGUUGAAGAAACCUCGCUACUCUGGUAACCUGCCGCUUAGGAAUACGAUUACAUGCAGCGGCAGCGUUAACUAUCAUCCAUCGGGGACGCGGUGUUUCACGGUACGAGAGUUGGCGUGCCUGCAGGGUUUCCCACUCGAACACCGGUUCCUUCGAGGGGAGAGAAGACAGAUUGGGAACGCCGUGCCUCCGAUUGUCGCGAAGGUGUUCUUUGAGCAGGUGGUGAGAGCGUUGCGGAUGGCAGAUGGGCUAUAA